AUGACUGCGUCGGCUUCAAUCUUCAUUGGAGCCCUGCUCAUUGCUCUCCCAUUUGCUACUGGUUCGGCCGCCAAUGCCCAUAACAUCCGAGGCUCAGAUGGCAUCUCGCCUGGUUUUCCGUUUCCAGCGAGCGAAUCCGGCACUCAUGGCCUUUUGAAUCCAAAGGAGAUCUUUCAAGAGGGAAUGGAAGACGGACGAUGCAAAUCCCUUGGCUUCCUCUACCACGGUGGUAAAUGCGCAUCUGUGAGUGACGACGUAUGUCAAGAUUUCCAACAUGAUGUUGAUGUUGUAACAACCAGCACAAAAGUCUUACUGGUAGUGGCAAACAGUGAUGAUCCUUCCUUGGUAUACUAUGAGAAGCUUCAUCAACCUGGUAGUCUCUUUCAGAUCACAGCCAUUGACGGCAAUGCUGAUCUACCGGGCACCUUCAUCGUCUCAGUCUUCGAGAGUAGCCACGAUCCUCGCGUAGGUGUUGCUGUUUCCCGUGGACGGAUGGUUCAAACCAUGGUUCUCAAUGCGGAUUGCAGGAGCGACCUAACCGAAACUCCUACGAGGCCUGUCCAACUGGUGUUUACAGCAAGAAGCCCACUCAAGAAGAAUGCAGCUUCUUAG